AUGGGCAGGUCAUGUGGUAAGAUCAGAAGAAGAGAGAGCGUUAAAGACAUUGUUUUUGAGCGACCAGACGAUAGAAGACCAGUAGGUCAUUCCAGAAAAAGAUGGAAGGCUAAUGUUGAAGUCGAUUUACCUAGGUUUGGCUUACAACAAUGGUACGCCGCUAAAUCUCUUCGAGACAGAAGAUCAUCCCGGGAGCAGUACGUGGCUAGAAAGCGCUAUCGUCGCUCGGACGUUGGCCGUCGCGUCCCGUCAUUUUCUUCCUCCCCCCUAUUCAUUGCCACUCCGUUCCGUGGAUUGCGUUCGUGGUGGCGCGGCGUUUCAACCGACCCGACCACAUUUUCACUCAGUUCGCCAUCAACCAUCAACAGUCGAGUGUACCGCGCAAAAGUGUCCCUCUUUGGCCGGUUUUACUCUUUCUGGUGGCUCAAAGCUCAAAAUCAACUCUUGAUCCCCCCUUGUGUUCGACUCUUUCGACAUGAUCGGUGUUGGACUCACUUUAUUUUGUGUAUCUACAGAGUGGGAUGGCUUAAUUCAAUUACCUCAUUAAUUGAUGAUGUUCUGUGGAUAUAUCAGUGCAAGAAUAUAGAAAGACUUCGAAAUAGUUAUAAAGAUCACUUACAUGGAUAUACCAAAACCUUCCAGCAGAAAAAGAAAGAAUCAUCGUAUUCGUAGUAAAGUGCCUAAAUUCUAUAUUGGUAAGUACGUAAAUUUAUAAAAUCGCAAAGAUCGGCAAAUCCAGAAAGACAAAUCAUAAGGAAAGUGGCAAUAAUUUUAAAAUCUAUCGUGCAAGUAAUAGGUAUUUAUGAUAUAAGUGUUAAACUUACUUUUUAACACGCAUAUCAUACAUUAUUUUUUCUACAAACGUAAUUACAGGACAAUAUCUACAAAAACUUUUACUUGAACUUGAC